UCCAUGCUUUUCUUCCCCGUAUUAGAUCAACUAAUUGUUUGUAAAUGUCUCAAUUAGAAACUAAUUUGUAUUAAUGGUCACUUAACUGGCGUUGGACUUCCUAUGGGGACCCUUCGAUAAUAACUAUUGAAGUAGAAGUUUAAAUCCCUGCCGGCCACAUCGUGGAGGCAAACCGUGGCAUUAAUUAUAGGGGCUGCGGUGUGCUACGACUUUGGUUAUUCUAGGCCGAGUGCAGGAUCUGACAACCCUUGUACGGAGAGCAAUAGUGCGCAGGUUUAAUUCUUUGUCGGUGGUAAACUGAUUGCUCAGAGUAGUUAAUUAUUACAGUGUGAGAAUUGCCACGUGGUUUUUUUACACGUCAUUAGUUUCUGAACAACCAGGGACGAACGAGAAGAUGUAAAAAUAUGUGACUAUAGCUAAACACAAGCACCGUUAGGAAAGGUUAAGCGCUACCUGUCUAAAAGCCAUGCGUCCCCUUUAAGUGCUCAGUAGGUCGGUGAACACAGGUAUUUUAAUAAUAAGGGCGUGGCGGUACCUCCCUCGGGUACGAUAAGGUUGCGGGAGAGCGCUACUGGGCAUGCGUCGAUGGCAUUUUACUGCGAUUACACUGUGAAAGAAUCGGAGAGGGGGAAUUACUUAACAGAACUGCAAUACCUCUGAAAUGAUAGUCUCAGUAGAAGUACUGAUUUCAAACGUAGUUGCCAUAUUGAAUGGAUUUUAGCUUGUGGAGCAGACGUUUUAAACAUAAAUUCACUAGUGAAUCGAUCGUUUAAUCAUAGUAAGGUCUCGCAUGCGUUUCGCGCAAAUUUCGAAUAGAAGGCUACCACUGCGUAUUUUUGUUUUAAUUCAUUUAAAAUAAAUAAUAAUUUUCAGUUAAAAAAAAAACACUUUGAAAAUGAAAGAUCGACUGGAACAACUCAAAGCGGGGGUGCAUUUCACAGAGGUACAAAACACGGCACAACACCUGCUCACUGGAUUCAGCCACAUCAUUGUUGGAGUCGAUGUUUGAGGACAACAGCAACAAUACUUCGUUUUUAGAGGAAGACGGUCAUUCCAGUUUCACAGCAUCUAGCUUCACUGAUUCCUCCAUGACCGGCAUCAGCUACCUUCCUGUUGUUGCCGCCCUCAAUAUCACCCCCAAACACUUUAAAGACGUGUGACACAGAUGAUACAGAUGACGUGGAGCUUGCUGUGGACAAUGCAGCCUUCAUGGAUGAGUUAUUUUGCCAGAUUGAGGAGAUCAGGACCACUGUUGAUAAGAUAGAUGAGAAUGUGGUGGAAGUGAAGAAGCUCUACUCCAUCAUCCUCUCUGCCCCCACAUCAGACCAGGAAACACAAGAUAAUUUGGAAGCCUUGACCCUCAACAUCAAGAAACUGGCGAACAAUGCUCGCAACAAACUCAAAAGUAUCGAGCGAAAUUUGGAGACGACUGAGGAGAAAGUAUCAGCUGACAUGCGAAUACGUAAAUCUCAGCAUGCUGUUCUGUCCAGGAAGUUUGUGGACGUGAUGACCAAGUACAAUGAGGCACAGGUGGACUUCAGGGAGAGGAGUAAAAGCCGCAUCCAGAGACAGUUGGAAAUCACGGGUAAAGUCACCACUGAUGAGGAGCUGGAGGAGAUGCUGGAGAGCGGGAAUGCUGCAGUCUUUACUGCUGGGAUUGUAGACUCGGGCAUCUCCAAGCAGGCGCUGAAUGAGAUUGAGGCUCGGCACAAAGAUAUUGUAUGGCUGGAGAGCAGCAUUAAGGAGCUGCACGACAUGUUCAUGGACAUCGCAAUGCUAGUGGAGAACCAGGGUGACAUAGUGGAAAAUAUAGAGUCGCAGGUGUCUAAAACUGUGGACCACAUAGUGGUGGCCAAGACAGAGACCAAAAAGGCCAUCAGGUACCAGAGCAAGGCACGCAAGAAAGUGGUGAUUAUAGCGAUUGCAGUUGUGGUGCUCCUCUCACUCUUGGCCCUCAUAAUUGGGCUGUCAGUGGGACUGAAUCGGUGAGAGGAGAGGGGAGGAUUUGAGUUAAACCAUAGCAAAGGAAAAUGAGCAUAGUGGGCGUGGCAUGUGCCAUUCUUGCUGUGGUUCUUCUCACCAUCAUUCUGUCCUAGGCUGUUUGGGAAGAUGAGCAGCACCCCCCCUCCCCAACUCCUUACCUCUUAAUUCCAACGACCCUCUGUCUGGCACAAUCUGCCCAUAUCCAUCAGCUGGAAAGAAGGACAGCGCCCCCUCAUACAAGCCUAUUGCAUUGCCCUGAAAUCUCCUUUUUUUCCUCAACCCAACUCUUCAUCCAGCAAUCAGAGAGCCAGCGUAAAGCCUGGAGAGGACAGACUCUGUAAACUGUGAAGAGAUGAAACACACGCACAGACACACACACCUCUCAUGAGCACCAGGUCAUCAUUCCACACAUGGCUCAAUAAAAAAGUUUUUUAGGGUGAGGAAACUAACGACUAUCAUGGUGACUCCUGUCAUAGAAAUGGACCAAUCUAAGCAGGGAUGUGUCCCCAUUUUCGCUGAGGCAGCAGUCAGUCACAUGAGCGUGUCCCCAUUUCCAAUGAGACAGAAGCCAAUCAUAUGACUUUGCCCCCAUUUCUAGUGAGACAGCAGGCAGUCACUUGACUGUGUCCCAUUUCCACUGAGACAGCAGCCAAUCAUGACUGUGUCCCCAUUUCUGCUGAGGCAGUGGCCAAUUACACUACUGUGGCUGCUGUCUCAGUAGAAAUGGGGACAAUCAUAUGACUGAACAGAAGACUGCAGCUACUCAAUGAGGGGAAAAAGGACUCUAAUUUUAAAUUGUGAACAAUGAAAAUCCCAGGAUUCCAGGAUAGUACAGCAGGAUUCUGGGUGUGCACUACGUUUUUGAUGGCUUACAAAUUAUAUCUGUGAUUUAAUGACUGCCAAGGAAUUCAAUGAAUGAAUGAAUGAACAUACAUAUUUUAUGUUUUGUGCAUGUGGAUUGUAGAACACCUGUUAGACAUUGUUCAGACUUUCCAGUGUUCUCCAGUUCAAAUGUAUGUUUGUGUAUCAUAUGUAAUAUGUGCAAUAGAGCCGUGUAAAUAUUCAAAGAAUGAAUGUUUCCAGAUUGUACAACUUGAAAUCUAACUGUGCCUUAUAAGUGAAUAUACACACAUGUAUAUAUUUAUAUGAGUGCACAUACAGUAUGAAUGUGGGUGUAUUUGACUGUUUCUGUUCUAUAUAUGCUAUAGCAUCCACAUGAUUUCAGAAGACAAUUAUAAACUUUGCAAUUAUGAGAUUA